GUCGAUCGCACUCCAUUCCCCAGAAAGCCAAAAGAAAACCGUAUAUUUUUUCUCAAUUAUAAACAAACGACAAUUUGUACCAUAGAUAAGACACUCUCACGAUCCACACACACACACACACACAUAUAUAUAUAUUAGUGCCUGUUUAUAGUCUGGUAUGGUUUGUACUCUUCUCCUUCUCCUGGGCCUGACUCCUGUAUUUGUUCCGGCCUAUAGCUCCUAGAUCUCUCCUUCAAACUGUGUAUUAGUCAAUUGGAUCAAUCUACAAAUGCUUCUCUGAUUUUGACUUUUUUUUUAGUGUUUCAUUCUAUUGAUCGAUUGAGAAAUGGACGGCGGCGAUGGAACUGUGAGAUUGGAGGCCUUGAAUUUGCGGUCGGAUAGGGUCGGGUUUGAUUCCAGUCCCGAUGUAUCCGUUUCUUCUCCGGUGACGAGGCAGAAAGCCGCCGCCGCCAAACAGUUUAUAGAGAAUCACUACAAGAAUUAUCUUCAGGGACUGCAAGAGCGCAAAGAGAGACGUCGAACGCUUCAGAGAAAAGCGCAGGAGUCUCAAAUAUCGACUGAGGAACAGGAACAGAUGUUGAGGAAUUUGGAGCUUAGAGAGACUGAAUAUAUGAGGCUUCAACGGCGAAAAAUUGGAAUCGAUGACUUUGAGCAGUUGACUGUAAUUGGAAAAGGUGCAUUUGGGGAGGUGAGAUUGUGUCGUGCUAAAGAUACAGGGGAGAUUUUUGCCAUGAAGAAACUGAAGAAAUCAGAUAUGCUUAGCCGUGGCCAGGUUGAGCAUGUCCGGUCUGAGAGGAACUUACUCGCUGAGGUUGAUAGUCGGUGCAUUGUUAAGCUUUUUUAUUCAUUUCAAGAUUCUGAUUUCUUAUACCUUAUUAUGGAGUAUUUACCUGGUGGAGAUAUUAUGACAUUACUGAUGAGAGAAGAUGUUCUUUCCGAAGAUGUUGCUCGUUUUUAUAUUGCAGAGAGUGUCCUAGCCAUUCAUUCGAUCCAUCAACACAAUUAUAUUCAUAGGGACAUAAAGCCAGAUAACCUGAUACUGGACAGAAAUGGACAUUUGAAACUUUCAGAUUUUGGCUUGUGUAAACCUCUCGAUGAUAAGUAUUCAACAUUGCUAUUGGAAAAUGAGGACUUAACCACUGGGGAAACCAUUUCUGCAAAUGUAGGACAAUCUGCCUGUGAUAGACCCCCUUGGAUGAUGCCCAAAGAACAACUACUACAGUGGAAACGCAAUCGCCGUGCAUUGGCUUAUUCAACUGUGGGCACUCUUGACUAUAUGGCUCCUGAAGUGCUGCUUAAGAAAGGGUACGGAAUGGAAUGUGAUUGGUGGUCACUUGGGGCAAUUAUGUACGAAAUGCUUAUCGGCUAUCCUCCCUUCUGCUCUGAUGAUCCAAGGAUCACAUGCCGCAAGAUAAUCAAUUGGAGAACAUGCCUGAAAUUCCCUGAUGAACCGAAAAUAUCAAAUGAGGCUAAAGAUUUGAUAUGUCACUUGUUAUGCAAUGUUGAAACAAGGUUGGGUAGCCGAGGAGUGGAAGAACUAAAGGCCCAUCCAUGGUUAAGAUGCAUUCAAUGGGACAAGCUAUAUGAAAUGGAAGCUGCGUUUCAACCUACAGUCAUUGGUGACUUGGACACACAGAAUUUCGAGAAGUUUCCUGAAGUAGAGGGUCAGCCAUCCACAAUUCCAACAGUGGGACCUUGGCGAAAGAUGUUGACAUCCAAAGAUACCAAUUUCAUUGGAUAUACUUUUAAAAAAUCAGAUGUCCUUAAAUCCCUUGAAAAUUCAGGUACCGACAUGAGAUCAAAUGGGUCUAAAAAAUCUCCUUCUCUGAUAUCCUUGUUAGGUCAGAUGAACUUGCAAGAAACAGAGAUAUCGGAGGGUAAGCAAAAGCAGGAAACGUAAGCAUUUAUGUUGGAAUUGGUAAUUCUAUUUUUUUUUGUUGCACAUAUUCAGACAGAAACGAAUAUAAAAGAUGAACGACAAGGUUGCUGGCUAAAGGCGUUAAUAAAAGAAGAGAGGUCAUUUGGCCAAAAGAGUUGACACAAUCUUGGAAGGGUCUCUUUGUUUCUUGAUUGACUCUAUUAUGUGAUCAAGGAUAAACGUAAUGUGAUAAAAAAUAGAUUCAGGAUGAACCAUUAUUAUGUGUCUGACCCUAUCUCCAUAUAAUCUGCUCAAAGAACCAUAUAAGUUAUUUUUUCGGGUACUGUUUUUCUCUGUAUAUCCAACGAUUAAGUCAGGACCAAAUUAUGCAGUUUUGUUGCUAAUAUUUUUCUGUUUUAUAUUCAUUUGGAAAAAGGGGUUGGAAAUCGCAA